CGACGAACAGUAGUGGUAAGGUGACGGUCGAGGCGACAGGUCACAGUUACUGCUAAAUAUCUAACACACACACACACACUGUGUACUAUUCCGAACUGAAAAAAAACAACAAUUGAUAAAUUGGAAGUUGAUCGUGAUCAUAGGACACGUUUGAUUAUUUUGGUGGUGUCGUGAACAGUUACGUCUGGUGAUUUGUGUUGAUGUGCCGUUUGGAUUAACACAAUUUUGUUACCCUGGAAUAAAACAGAAGCAGACGAAACGAUGAAGCUAGUGCCAGGACCAUUGCCACCAAUACCCACAUCCACAGCCAUGGACAGACUUCCACUGCCGCUGCCCUUCAGCCCAGACAUCCUGUGGAGGUACCCCUUGGGCCUCCCAUCGAUGACCGGCUUCGGACAACCUCCGUCGUCUCCCCUCUUGGACUACAAAAGCCAGCUGCCAUCCAGUCUGGCGUCCGACCCGCGCGUCUGGUCGCGGGAAGACGUCACGACGUUCCUGCGCUGGGCCGAGCGGGAGUUCGACCUCCAACCCAUCGACAUGGACAUGUUCCAGAUGAACGGCAAGGCGAUGUGCCUGUUAACCAGGACCGAUCUGGCCGAAAGAGCGCCCGGCUCCGGCGACGUCUUGCACAACGUUCUGCAGAUAUUGGUCAGAGAGGCGAACAAUUUCCAAAGGAUGUUGCCGUCCAGUCCGGUAACGCCGACCACCAGGCACCCGUAUCCGCUGUCGCCUCACUCACAUCCCCCCACACCCAACUGGAACAUGCUCCAGAACUCGGAAUCGUUCCACGGCUCGCAUCCGGCCUCUCUAGCCGCCCAUUUGAUGGCGCAGAGCAACUCGGUGACGUUGAGCCCGGCUCCGUCGAUAGACAGUCAGGCGGGCAGUCCGCAGCAUUUGGAACAGACGUUCGGACAUUCCAUCUUCAGUGCGGGCAACGGCAGCGGUGGCAGCAAUCCUUCAGACUCAGAUGAGGAUGGAUAUGAAAAGAAUGGACAUGCUGGCAGUCCACCCAACACUCCCAGCGCCUAUUCCUUGGCUCCGCCCCUACCCCACAUCCCCCCAAGAAGUCCGAAGGAAAUCUCCAGUCCCGGACUGUUUAAAAGGGAAUUUUUCCCUAACGACUCACCUGAGCCUAAUACAAAUGGCAGAUUGUUGUGGGACUUUUUGCAACAAUUACUAAACGAUCCAUCGCAAAGAUAUACCGGCUACAUAGCGUGGAAGAACCGAGAGACUGGCGUAUUCAAAAUCGUCGAUCCAGCUGGUUUGGCCAAAUUGUGGGGCAUCCAGAAGAAUCAUUUGUCCAUGAACUACGACAAGAUGAGUCGCGCCUUGAGGUACUACUACCGCGUGAAUAUCCUCAGAAAAGUACAAGGAGAGAGACACUGUUACCAGUUUUUGAGGAACCCGACUGAACUGAAGAAUAUCAAAAAUAUAUCGCUCCUGCGCCAACAAAUGUCUCCGACAAAUACAAAAAAUGCGGCUGCACCCUCGCAGCUGAGCAUAAAGCCUGAACCGGUCGAGGAGCAAAAUGGCGAUCAGUCCAACCAACAGAAGUCGAUGGAUUUCGACGACAAACCUACAGAUCUGAGCAUGGACGGUCCGACCGAUUUGAGCAGUAGCAGUCGACACUCGAGCGUGAACAUCGUUUGUUCGCCCGAUCCGCCCAUUGUGGGACCGCAUCACUGAGACUGUGCGUUUAAUAGUGACUUUUUUGGUGCCAAUAAUUAUUAUUUUAUUAUUAUUUUUUUGUUUUGAAAGACUCGUGCAAAUAGUGAUUUUUCAUUGUACAUAGUAUUUUUAGAGUUUAUUUAAACAAUUUUUUGUUUCUUUUAAAACAGUGCAAUAAGAGUAUUGUUUUAAAUCGAGUAUGUGCCAAAACGAUAAGUUAUUUUUUUAAGAUUUGGACAUUAAAAUUUUUUGGUAGUUUCAUAACUGCCAGGGGCAGCUUUAAUUUUUUCUUCCAUUUAUUGGGAUUUUAUCACGAUUGUGAUAGUGUUUUAUGACAAUAAGAUUUGGUAAAUUAUUUUGUUAAAAUUAGGUACAAAUGAGAUGGAACAGAAAUGUCGCAAAGCUCAAGAUAAUAUAUUUUAGGGACAUUCCACUUUUUAAUCGAUUGCGACACGUUUUCUGGAUCCGGAUCUUGUGAUCUCAAAACAAUGUUGAUUCAAACUCAAUUCUCUGUGUGAUUUUUAAAGUAUAUAUAUGAGAGAUGUAAAUAAUUCUAAAGAAUCGAAAAUUGUUAUUCUAAAUUUUUGAGGGAUAUAUUUCGAAUUUAUCAAAUUUUUUGUCAACUCGUAUUUUUGUUACAAGAUUUCUAGAUAUAUAUGUAUAUAUGUAACAACCUGUUAACAUGUAACAAAAUAAAAAUAUAUUAGUUAAGUUCCCUUUUCAA